AUGCUCGAGUUCCGAACGCAGGGCUACAAUGGCUACAGCGUCAAGUACUCGCCCUUCUUCGAUUCGCGCAUAGCCGUCGCAACGUCAGCAAACUUCGGGCUGGUAGGCAAUGGAAGGCUAUACAUACUAGGUUUGACGGCAAAUGGCAUUGUCGCAGAGAAGUGGUUCGACACACAAGACUCCCUCUUCGACAGCACCUGGUCCGAAGCCCACGAAAAUCAAAUCCUCACCGCAGGCGGCGAUGGCUCCGUCAAACUCUUCGACAUAACCCUCUCCCAAUUCCCAGUCCAGUCGUGGCAGGAGCAUGCUCGCGAGGUCUUCGCCGUACACUGGAACCUGGUUGCGAAAGACACCUUUUUGUCAAGUAGCUGGGACGGCACAAUCAAGAUCUGGAACCCCAACGCUGCCCAGAGUAUAACGACGCUGCCGACGCAUAGCUGCACCUACUCGGCAGCCUUCAGUCCACACAACGCGAGUGUGUUGAGCAGCGUAAGUUCGGAUAGCCAUCUGAGAGUGUUUGAUCUGAGGACGCCUGCGAGUGCGAGUAAUCAUCUCACCAUGAGCGUCCCGAUUCAUACCCCGCCGAAGCCGCGCAUGGGCACUGCUGCACCAGUUGGCGUACCUCCUGCAGAAGCUCUAACCCACGACUGGAACAAAUACCGGGAUUCCAUCGUUGCUACGGCGGGUGUGGAUAGGAUGAUACGAACUUUUGACAUUAGAAUGCCGCAGGCUGGACCGAUUGCUGUAUUGCCGGGGCAUGAGUAUGCAGUGAGGAGGGUUACAUGGUCGCCGCAUCUAUCCGACAUACUGCUGAGUGCGAGCUAUGACAUGACAUGUCGUGUCUGGACAGACGGUAGCGCCAUGGGCGUAGGGUCGGUAAAGCAAGAGAACAUGCUGGAGGAUCCCAUGUUCCAUGGAGGUGGGAGAGAGAUGGGCAAGAUGGGCCGCCACACCGAGUUCGUAACAGGCGUUGAUUGGUGCUUGUUUGGUGCGGAAGGCUGGUGUGCCAGCACGGGAUGGGAUGAGAGGGUGCUGGUGUGGGACUGUAGGGCUGUCAUGCAAUGA